AUCGAAAAAAAUAAUGAAGAAGGGCCGCGGAGAAGGAAAGAUAUAGAGCGAGAAACAAGGCGCGGAGUGGCAGUCCAAAAUCAGCAGAGAAAAGAGAGAAACCAAGAGAGAGAGAGUCCAUUUUUUGAGUGUUGUUGAUCUUCAUCAUCGUCUUUUUUUUUCUUAUCCGAAGUAGCGGUUUAUUAGCUCUCCCCUAUUUUAGGGUUCGAAAAAUAAAAUACACAUUUGUAUUUUCUGCUUUGAAAAAUCAAACGACUAGAAAUUUGAAAAAAUAGAAAAAUUAAGACGGCAAAACGGAAAAUAGAAAAAACAGGACAGAUUAAUCGCAGAUCCCCUUCUGCUUAGAAUCUUCACCCUAAUUCCGAUCGAUCCGUUAAUCACAUUUUCCAGCUGUAUUCACACGGUUUCUUUGGAAAUUUAUAAUUUAUUUCAUAUUUCAUUUUUUGAUUUUAUUUAAAUUUUUUGGUUUGGGGAUUGUGGUAAUCCUUUUGUUGGUUGGGGGAUAAAUCGCAAGCUGCGUUGAGAUGAGAUCUUCUAGACGGGAUUUCUAGAAGGGUAAGGAUCUGGUGCUGCGGCCGCGUCGGAUGAGAGGAGGGAGGCGCAUGUAAAUGUUUCAAGGAUCGAAAGGGAAAACGAUGAAAUGGGUAUCAUUGCUUAAGGACAUCAAAGAGAAGGUCGGUUUAGCUCAAUCUCCUACUGCUACCACUGUUUCUUCUUCUUCUCCUUCCUCUUCUUCCUCUUCCAAUCGCGAUGCCAAUGCUUCCUCAACUCGCCACGACUUCGCUUCCUCUCCUUCGAGCAGAGACAAACAUGAACUGGAGUUGGACUUCAAGAGAUUCUGGGAAGAGUUCCGCUCAUCCAAUUCUGAAAAGGAGAAAGAAGCGGCCUUGAAUUUGACUGUAGAUGCCUUUUGUAGAUUAGUCAAGCAGCACGCUAAUGUAGCUCAAUUAGUCACCCUGUUAGUAGAAACGCAUAUAUUCUCUUUUGUUGUGGGAAGAGCGUUUGUAACAGAUAUUGAAAAGUUAAAAAUUAGCAGCAAGACAAGAUCUUUGGAUGUAUUGAAAGUUCUACAGUUUUUCUCUGAAGUCACCAAGGAUGGCUUCAGUCCUGGUUCAAAUUUGUUGACUGCUGUUGAAGUCCUGGUGUCGGGGCCUAUUGAUAAACAAUCUCUCCUUGAUUCUGGGAUAUUUUGCUGUCUCAUACAUAUUCUGAAUGCUUUUUUGAGUCCUGAUGAGGCUAAUCAGAGGCCUAAAAUUACUGACUCUGAGGAAUCAAUACUAGCUGAAAAGGAUUCAGUUGCUGAUGUUAGGCAAGCCCGCCGACUCGAGGUAGAAGGAAUUGUGGUGCAUAUUAUGAAAGCAUUGGCAAACCAUCCUUCAGCAGCACAGAGUUUGAUCGAGGAUGAUUCUCUGAUGUUGCUGUUUCAAAUGGUUGCCAAUGGAUCUUUAACUGUCUUCUCUAAAUAUAAGGAAGGUCUUGUUUCACUGCACAUCAUACAACUUCAUAGACAUGCUAUGCAGAUCCUUGGACUUCUUUUGGUCAAUGAUAAUGGAAGCACGGCCAAAUACAUACACAAACAUCAUCUGAUGAAAGUUCUUCUAAUGGCUGUUAAAGAUUUUAAUCCAGAUUGUGGGGACCCUGCCUAUACUGUUGGGAUUGUGGACCUGUUACUUGAAUGUGUGGAAUUGUCAUAUAGACCAGAGGCUGGUGGUGUCAGGCUUAGGGAAGAUAUACAUAAUGCCCAUGGUUAUCACUUCCUUGUUCAGUUUGCUCUAGUUCUGUCCUCCAUGCCACAGAAUCAAGGCAUUGAAUCUAUAUAUAUGAGGCCUCGGACUGACAAAGAUAGUGGUUCAGGUAGUGCUCAUACUUUUGACAAUGAAGGGGAAAAGGAUUUAGUUGGAAAAGAGGACCCUUCUUCUGAACAUCUCUCACCCACUUUGAGUAGGCUACUUGAUGUUCUUGUUAACCUAGCUCAAACAGGUCCUGCUGAAGGCAAAAAAUCCAAAUAUUCUCACACAAAGGCCAGUGGCCAUAGCAGAAGUCGAACAUCAUCUACUGACAGGCUUGGUGAUGAAAUCUGGGAACAGGGAAAUAAUAAAGUUAAAGACCUUGAAGCUGUCCAGAUGUUGCAGGACAUUUUUCUCAAGGCAGACAGCAGGGAUCUGCAGGCAGAAGUAUUAAACAGAAUGUUUAAAAUAUUUUCAAGUCAUCUUGAAAACUAUAAUUUGUGUCAGCAACUGAGGACUGUUCCUCUCUUGAUCUUAAACAUGGCUGGAUUUCCUUCAUCGUUGCAAGAGAUAAUCUUGAAAAUUCUUGAAUAUGCUGUGACUGUAGUGAAUUGUGUUCCUGAGCAAGAACUGCUGUCUCUAUGUUGCUUAUUGCAGCAACCAAUUACAUCAGAACUAAAGGUCACCAUCCUUUCUUUCUUUGUAAAGCUUCUAUCCUUUGAUCAACAAUACAAGAAAGUCCUACGAGAAGUAGGUGUGCUGGAAGUCCUGUUGGAUGAUUUGAAGCAACAUAAGUUUCUUUUGGGUCCAGACCAACAUGAUGGUAAUGUUAAUCAGUUGGAGAGAAAAUCUAGCUCCAGCAGCUUCAAGAAACGCUUGGACAGUAAGGAUGUUAUUAUUACUUCACCCAAGCUCAUGGAAUCUGGUUCAGGGGAGUUUCCCAUUUUCGAAGUUGAGGGUACAGUUGCUGUUGCUUGGGAUUGUAUGGUUUCAUUAAUAAAAAAAGCUGAAGCCAAUCAAGCUUCAUUCCGAUCUGCCAAUGGUGUGACCACUGUUCUCCCCUUCCUGGUGUCCAAUAUUCAUCGUCCUGGGGUCCUCCGCUUAUUGUCAUGUUUGAUCACUGAAGACACUAUGCAGGGUCAUCCUGAAGAAUUAGGAGCACUUGUUGAAGUUUUAAAGAGUGGAAUGGUUACAAGUGUUUCAGGACAUCAAUACAAGCUUCAAAGUGAUGCAAAAUGCGAUACAAUGGGAGCCUUGUGGCGAAUUCUGGGAGUAAAUAAUGCAGCUCAGAGAGUCUUUGGUGAAGCCACUGGAUUUUCUCUUCUGCUGACCACCCUCCAUAGCUUUCAGGGUGAUGAAGCACACUCGGAAGAAUCUUCUUUAUUAGUUUACAUCAAAGUCUUCACAUAUUUGUUGCGCCUUAUGACAGCUGGGGUGUGUGGUAAUGCCAUUAAUAGGACAAAAUUGCAUGCUAUCAUAUCAUCACAAACAUUUUAUGAUCUUCUCUCUGAGUCUGGCUUGCUGUGUGUGGAUUAUGAGAAGCAAGUUAUACAACUGCUGUUGGAACUUGCUCUUGAAAUUGUGCUUCCACCUUUCAUGGCACCUGAGAGUGCCACAUCAGCAGAUCUGGCUGAAAAUGAGUCCACUAGUUUUCUUUUAACCACUCCAUCUGGUUUGGUUAAUCCUGAUAAGGAACGAAUAUACAAUGCUGGUGCUGUUAGAGUUCUGAUCCGUUCAUUGUUGCUUUUUACUCCUAAGGUGCAGUUAGAAGUGCUGAACCUUAUUGGGAAGCUUGCUCGUUCUGGCCCCUUCAAUCAGGAAAAUCUCAGCUCUGUAGGUUGUGUGGAACUUUUACUGGAGACAAUUCACCCCUUCCUUUCUGGCUCAUCACCGUUACUCUCUUAUACUUUGAAGAUUGUAGAGGUUCUAGGGGCAUAUAGGUUGUCCGCAUCUGAACUCCGGGCACUUGUAAGAUAUAUUCUGCAAAUGAGGCUGAUGAAAUCAGGUCAUACAAUUGUUGAUAUGAUGGAAAGGUUAAUCCUUAUGGAAGAUAUGGCCUUGGAAAAUGUUUCUUUGGCUCCAUUUGUUGAGAUGGACAUGAGCAAGAUUGGGCAUGCUUCUGUUCAGGUGUCUCUGGGAGAAAGAUCUUGGCCUCCUGCUGCUGGUUAUUCAUUUGUUUGUUGGUUUCAGUUUCAUAACUUUUUGAGAACACAAGCAAAAGAAAUUGAGCCUGUCAAAGCUGGUCAUUCCAAGAGGAAAACUGGCUCAAAUGGUCAUCAUGACCGGCAUAUUCUCCGGAUAUUUUCUGUUGGUGCAGUAAAUAACGAGAAUACUUUCUAUGCAGAACUUUUUCUUCAAGAGGAUGGUGUUCUUACCCUUGCCACCAGCAACUCUUGCUCCUUAUCAUUUUCUGGAUUAGAACUGAAGGAAGGUCGGUGGCAUCACCUUGCUGUUGUUCAUAGCAAACCUAAUGCCCUUGCUGGAUUAUUCCAAGCUAGUGUUGCUUACGUUUAUCUUGAUGGGAAGCUAAGGCACACAGGAAAAUUAGGAUAUUCCCCCUCUCCCAUUGGAAAACCUUUGCAAGUAACAAUUGGGACUCCAGUUACUUGUGCAAGGGUUAGUGACUUGACAUGGAGACUUCGCUCUUGCUAUCUUUUUGAGGAAGUGCUCACGCCAGGUUGUAUAUGUUUCAUGUACAUCCUUGGUAGAGGAUAUAGAGGGCUUUUCCAAGAUGCAGAUCUUCUCCGUUUUGUCCCCAACCAGGCUUGUGGUGGUGGUAGCAUGGCUAUCUUAGAUUCAUUAGAGGCUGACUUGUCUGUACCUCCUGGUACACAGAAACUUGACAGUGCAAUCAAGCUGGGAGACUCCAAGGCAGAUGGAAGUGGAAUUGUUUGGGAUUUGGAUAGAUUAGGAAACCUUUCAUUUCAGCUCUCUGGUAAAAAACUCAUAUUUGCUUUUGAUGGAACAUGUGUGGAGGCUGUUCGAGCAUCUGGGACAUCUUUCAUGCUCAAUCUGGUUGAUCCACUGUCAGCUGCUGCGUCUCCCAUUGGAGGUAUACCACGGUUUGGGCGUCUUCAUGGGGAUAUCUAUAUCUGUAGGCAAUGUGUGAUUGGUGAUACCAUCCGCCCUGUUGGUGGGAUGUCUGUCAUUUUGGCCCUUGUUGAGGCUGCUGAGACUAGGGAUAUGCUCCAUAUGGCCCUUUCAUUUCUUGCCUGUGCACUUCAUCACAAUCCUCAAAAUGUAAGAGACAUGCAAACAUACAGGGGAUACCAUUUGCUAGCUCUAUUCCUGCGCCGAAGGAUGUCAUUAUUUGAUAUGCAGUGCCUUGAGAUGUUUUUCCAGAUCGCUGCAUGUGAAGCUUCAUUUUCAGAACCAAAUAAAUUGGAACAUAUUCAAACUCUUAUAUCACCUACUACAACUAUUCGUGAAACUAGCUUUGAUGAUCUUAGUUUGUCGAAGUUCCGUGAUGAAACAUCUUCAGUUGGAUCUCAUGUUGACAUGGAUGAUUUUUCUGCCCCAAAGGAUUCAUUCAGUCAUAUUUCAGAGCUAGAAAAUGCUGAUAUGCCAGUUGAAACUUCUAACUGCAUCGUCUUGUCAAAUGCGGAUAUGGUAGAACAUGUUUUGCUGGACUGGACACUCUGGGUGACUGCCCCAGUUUCCAUUCAAAUUGCACUUUUAAAUUUUCUAGAGCAUCUUGUGUCCAUGCAUUGGUACAGGAAUCACAACCUUACAGUUCUUCGUCGAAUCAACCUUGUUCAACAUUUACUGGUGACUUUGCAGCGUGGUGAUGUUGAAGUUCCUGUUUUGGAAAAAUUAGUUGUACUCCUUGGGGUCAUAUUGGAAGAUGGUUUCCUGGCAUCUGAACUUGAAAAUGUGGUUAGGUUUGUUAUUAUGACAUUUGAUCCACCUGAGCUGAAACCACAGCAUCAAAUAAUGCGUGAGUCCAUGGGAAAGCAUGUGAUAGUGAGGAAUAUGCUUUUGGAGAUGCUUAUCGAUCUUCAAGUGACCAUCAAAUCAGAAGAGAUGCUUGAACAGUGGCAUAAAAUUGUCUCUUCUAAAUUAAUAACAUAUUUUCUUGAUGAAGCUGUUCAUCCUACAAGUAUGAGAUGGAUCAUGACUCUUCUUGGUGUGUGUUUGGCUUCUUCUCCCACUUUUGCUCUUAAAUUUCGCACAAGUGGAGGUUAUCAAGGUCUGAUGCGUGUGCUUCCUAGUUUCUAUGAUUCUCCUGAUAUAUAUUAUAUCUUGUUCUGCCUCAUUUUUGGGAAGCCUGUUUAUCCGAGAUUGCCAGAAGUCCGUAUGCUGGACUUUCAUGCACUAAUGCCAAGUGAUGGAGGCCAUGUGGAGUUGAAAUUUGUAGAACUAUUGGAAUCUAUAAUUGCUAUGGCGAAAUCCACCUUUGAUAGGCUGAGCAUGCAGUCAAUACUUGCCCGUCAAACUGGAAAUCUUUCCCAACUAGUGGCAGAACUUGUGGAAGAAAAUGCAGACAUGGCUGGGGAGCUUCAGGGUGAAGCUCUCAUGCACAAGACGUAUGCUGCACGCUUAAUGGGUGGGGAGGCAUCUGCUCCUUCAGCUGCAACCUCAGUUCUGAGAUUUAUGGUUGAUUUGGCGAAGAUGUGCCCUCCUUUCUCUGCUGUUUGCAGACGAGCAGAGUUUUUAGAAAGCUGUGUUGACCUUUAUUUUUCUUGUGUUAGGGCUGCUCACUCGGUGAAGAUGGCAAGAGAGCUCUCUGCAAAGACAGAAGAGAAGAAUUUAAAUGACUGCGAUGAUGCCAGUUCGCAAAAUACAUUCUCUAGCUUGCCUGUGGAGCAUGAACAGUCUGCCAGGACUUCUAUUAGUGCUGGAAGCUUCCCUCAAGCACAGGUCAGUUCAAGUUCUGAAGAAACGCCUGUCUCUUCAAAUUUCCUGGCUGAAGAUAAAGAAGAGAUUAAGCCUACUACAUCCCAGGAAUUGAACAAAUCAUUGCAGGAAGAUGUCCAAGGUAUUCAGAGCAUAGAUGGUGAUAGUGUCGAUCAGGUUUCUGCCACCUCAAGCUCAAAUGAGUUCAGCUUCCAAAGUAUCAAAGACAAUUUGACAAUUCAACCACCAGAUUCCCAGAGUUCCGCAUCUCUUGCUAUUCCAGAUUCUCCUAUUUUAUCUGAGAAAUCCAAUUCCAAAAUCCCCCUUACACCUUCUUCAUCUCCAGUUAUUGCUCUGACUUCGUGGUUAAGUGCAAACCAUAGUGAAUCCAGAAAUCCCAUAAUUGCCAGUCCUUCCAUGGAGUCUUCUAUGUCUGCUAGUGAUUUUGAUCAAACCUCAGACUUGAAGUCUGGUUCUCAAGGUCCAACGGCUACAAAUAUGACCUUUUCUGUUACCCCAAAGCUUCUUAUGGAAAUGGAUGAUUCUGGCUAUGGUGGUGGCCCUUGUUCUGCUGGGGCAACUGCUAUGUUGGAUUUUGUAGCAGAAGUACUGGCUGACUUUUUAACAGAGCAAAUAAAAGCAGCACAAGUUGUGGAGAGCAUCUUGGAAAUGGUUCCACUAUAUGUUGAAUCUGAAUCUGUGUUGGUUUUCCAAGGUUUAUAUCUUAGUAGACUAAUGAAUUUUGUUGAAAGGCGUCUCUUGCGUGAUGAUGAAGAAGAUGAGAAAAAGCUAGACAAGACUAAAUGGUCCUCAAACUUAGAUGCUUUAUGCUGGAUGAUUGUUGAUCGUGUUUACAUGGGUGCUUUUCCCCAAGCUGCUGGUGUAUUGAAAACUCUGGAGUUCUUGUUAUCAAUGUUGCAAUUAGCAAACAAAGAUGGUCGAAUUGAAGAAGCAGCUCCUACUGGCAAGGGUCUUUUGUCUAUUACAAGAGGAAGCAGGCAACUUGAUGCUUAUGUACAUUCAAUUCUUAAGAAUACAAAUAGGAUGAUACUGUACUGCUUCCUACCAUCAUUCCUGAUCACCAUAGGAGAAGAUGAUCUCCUUUCCUCCUUGGGUUUGCUUAUGGAAUCUAAGAAAAGAUCACCCACAAAUUCACAAGAAGAUCCAGGAAUUGAUAUCUGCACAGUUUUGCAGUUAUUAGUUGCUCACCGACGGAUCAUAUUCUGUCCUAGCAAUCUUGAUACUGAUCUAAAUUGCUGCCUUUGUGUGAAUUUAAUUUCUCUUCUUCGUGACCAAAGGCGAAAUGUUCAGAACCUGGCAAUUGAUGUUGUCAAGUAUUUACUGGUUCAUCGAAGAGCUUCACUGGAAGACUUGCUUGUCUCUAAACCUAACCAAGGACAGCACUUAGAUGUACUGCAUGGUGGUUUUGACAAAUUGUUGACUGGAAGUUUAUCUGCUUUCUUUGACUGGCUUCAGAGCUCUGACCAGAUGGUAAAUAAAGUACUGGAGCAAUGUGCAGCAAUAAUGUGGGUGCAGUAUAUUGCUGGCUCAGCAAAAUUUCCUGGAGUAAGAAUUAAAGGCAUGGAGGGUCGUCGUAAGAGGGAAAUGGGAAGAAGAUCACGAGAUACUUCAAAGUUUGACCUAAAACACUGGGAGCAAGUGAAUGAAAGGAGAUAUGCAUUGGAGGUGGUUCGCGAUACAAUGUCUACUGAGUUGAGAGUUGUCCGUCAGGAUAAGUAUGGAUGGGUGCUUCAUGCUGAGAGUGAAUGGCAAACCCAUCUCCAACAACUUGUGCAUGAACGGGGAAUAUUCCCAAUUCGUAAAUCCUCUGUGCCUGAAGAUCCUGAAUGGCAACUUUGCCCAAUUGAGGGUCCAUACAGGAUGCGCAAAAAGCUUGAGCGCUGUAAAUUAAGAAUUGAUAGUAUCCAAAAUGUUCUUGAUGGGCAGUUGGAAUUAGGUGAGACAGAGCUCUCCAAAGUCAAACAUGAGGAUGGCCUAGAUGUUUCUGAUUCUGAUUCUGAAGCAAUUUUCAAUCUUUUGAGUGAUAGUGUUAAACAGAAUGGUGUUGACAGUGAGCUUUAUGAUGAAUCAUUGUAUAAAGAGUUGGGUGAUGUGAAAGAUGUAACAUCUGUUAAAAAUGGCUGGAAUGAUGACAGAGCUAGCAGUGUAAAUGAAGCUAGUCUUCACUCUGCACUUGAGUUUGGUGGGAAAUCUAGUGCAGUCUCUGUCCCUAUAUCAGAAAGCAUACCAGGAAAAUCUGAACCUGGAUCUCCUAAGCAGUCAUCUUCUGUUAAAAUUGAUGAAGUCAAAGUUACAGAGGAUAAGUUAGAUAAGGAACUGCAUGAUAAUGGUGAAUAUUUAAUCAGACCUUAUCUGGAACCUCUUGAAAAGAUACGAUUCAGAUUUAACUGUGAGCGAGUAGUAGGUCUUGACAAACAUGAUGGUAUAUUUCUGAUAGGGGAACUAUGUUUGUAUGUAAUAGAGAACUUUUACAUUGACGAUUCUGGCCGCAUAUGUGAGAAGGAAUGUGAAGAUGAACUCUCUGUUAUUGAUCAGGCAUUGGGUGUAAAGAAGGAUGUUACUGGAAGUCUGGAUUUCCAGUCAAAAUCAACUUCAUCCUGGGCCACAACACCAAAGACAUUGGUAGGGGGAAGGGCUUGGGCCUACAACGGUGGUGCAUGGGGAAAGGAGAGAGUGGUUAGCAGUGGUAAUUUGCCUCACCCUUGGCGUAUGUGGAAGCUUGAUAGUGUUCAUGAGAUUUUGAAGCGUGAUUAUCAGCUCCGUCCUGUUGCUGUUGAGUUAUUCAGUAUGGAUGGAUGUAAUGAUCUUCUGGUAUUUCACAAAAGAGAGAGAGAUGAAGUAUUCAAAAACCUGGUUGCGAUGAAUCUACCACGGAACAGCAUGUUGGACACAACCAUUUCAGGAUCGACAAAACAGGAAAGCAAUGAGGGUGGUCGUCUUUUCAAAAUAAUGGCUAAAUCUUUCUCGAAGAGAUGGCAAAAUGGAGAAAUUAGCAAUUUCCAGUACCUCAUGCAUCUCAAUACCUUGGCUGGACGUGGAUACAGUGAUCUUACCCAAUACCCUGUCUUUCCAUGGGUUCUUGCUGAUUAUGAGAGCGAAAAUCUGGACUUGUCAGAUCCCAAUACCUUUCGCAAACUUGACAAACCAAUGGGCUGUCAGACACCAGAAGGGGAAGAGGAAUUUAAGAAAAGAUAUGAGAGCUGGGAUGACCCAGAGGUCCCAAAAUUCCACUAUGGUUCUCAUUAUUCUAGUGCUGGUAUUGUUCUCUUUUAUCUUCUUCGCUUGCCACCGUUUAGUGCAGAAAAUCAGAAGCUACAGGGUGGCCAGUUUGAUCAUGCUGAUCGUCUUUUCAAUAGCAUAAGAGACACUUGGUUGAGUGCUGCUGGGAAGGGCAACACCUCAGAUGUGAAAGAACUGAUUCCAGAGUUCUUCUACAUGCCUGAGUUUUUGGAAAACCGCUUCAAUCUUGACUUAGGAGAGAAACAGUCAGGGGAAAAGGUUGGUGAUGUUGUCCUACCUCCUUGGGCUAAAGGCAGUUCUAGGAAAUUCAUUCAAAAGCAUAGAGAAGCCCUAGAAUCUGAUUUUGUUUCAGAAAAUCUGCACCAUUGGAUAGACCUCAUUUUUGGCUAUAAACAAAGGGGAAAGGCGGCUGAAGAAGCUGUUAAUGUUUUCUACCACUACACAUAUGAGGGGAGUGUGGACAUAGACUCAGUCACAGAUCCUUCAAUGAAAGCCUCUAUUCUAGCUCAGAUCAAUCAUUUUGGACAGACACCUAAGCAACUAUUCCUCAAACCCCAUGUGAAAAGGCGGUCUGACAGAAAACUUCCUCCUCAUCCACUGAAGCAUUCAGCCCUUCUUGUUCCGCAUGAAAUACGGAAAAGCUCUUCUUCCAUAACUCAGAUUGUCACUUUCCAUGAGAAAAUUCUUGUUGCCGGGGCAAACACUUUACUCAAACCUAGAACGUAUGCCAAAUGUGUAGCAUGGGGUUUUCCUGAUCGCAGCUUGAGAUUUAUGAGCUAUGACCAAGAUAGACUCCUUUCAACACAUGAAAAUCUUCAUGGGGGAAACCAGAUUCAAUGUGCUGGUGUUAGUCAUGAUGGUCACAUUUUGGUUACUGGCGCUGAUGAUGGUUUAGUUUCUGUUUGGAGAAUCAGCAUGGACGGGCCACGUGCCUCAAGACGGUUGCUGUUGGAGAAAGUGCUUUGUGCUCACACAGCCAAAAUCACAUGUCUUCAUGUCAGUCAGCCUUAUAUGCUGAUUGUGAGUGGAUCAGAUGACUGCACUGUUAUCAUAUGGGACCUCAGCUCAUUAGGUUUCGUUAGGCAUCUUCCUGAGUUUCCAGCACCAGUUUCUGCAGUUUAUGUGAAUGACUUAACUGGGGAAAUUGUGACAGCUGCUGGAAUUCUGCUUGCUGUCUGGAGCAUCAAUGGGGACUGUCUAGCAGUAAUUAACACAUCCCAGCUGCCAUCUGAUUCUAUACUCUCUGUGACGAGUUGCACAUUUUCUGAUUGGCUGGGCGCAAACUGGUAUGUAACAGGUCACCAGAGUGGGGCUGUUAAGGUCUGGCACAUGGUUCACUGCACUGACGAAGAGAGCACCAUUAGCAAGUCAACUAGCAGUGGAACAGGAGGGUUGGAUUUGGGUAAGUCACCAGAAUAUAGAUUGGUCCUCCACAAGGUACUAAAGUUUCAUAAGCACCCAGUUACUGCCCUUCACUUAACUAGUGACUUGAAGCAGUUGCUGAGUGGUGAUUCUGGUGGGCAUUUGAUAUCUUGGACAUUACCAGAUGAGAGCUUGAGAGCUUCUUUGAAUCAGGGGUGAUAAUGUUAAAAGUAAUUAUUGUGUGAUUCUGGGCUAUAGGAUCUGCUCCUGGUUCUGUGUAAUGGUUCUGUGCAAGCAUUUGUUGUGAGAGAGACAAUGAUUCAUUGUUGGUGAUAACGUGAAAAGGGAAAACAAGACAAGAGGGGAGGGCUGGCCAGGUAUUGUAACGGGACUUGCUGGGCUAAUUUAUGGGGAUGAGGAAGGGAAAUCUCUUCCAAACUUCCACAUGUACGUGUUGAAAAUUGCAAGCAUGAAGGCUAGUACAAAGCAUUUGCCUGGUGGCUUGAGCUCCCUAUUUUGAAGGUGGAAUGACAGGGCAACGCGUUUGUUGUAUGUUUGACAAGUGGAGGAUAUUACUUUUGAAAAUAUCGCUCUACUGGUUUUUGUUUGUAAAUAGAUGGAAUUGCUAACAGUGUGAAAUCAAGUUGUAUAGCAGAAAAAAAGUGCAUGGCAAUUGGAUUUUUGGGUGGAAUUGGUCUGGUUACCAAGGGAUGCUUUAUAGGAUUUGAGUGUAUUACUUUCGGCAAAAAUUCUUUUCCCAUGGUGCAAGUGGGCGCAUUUUUAUUGUGAAUCA